UGGUGUGCAGACCGUCCAGAAUGUCCCAAAGACCAGGUAUGAGGUUACUAACACUGGGUAUGGGGUUGGCUGAGAUCAGAUGUCUGGACACAGAAGACAAUCUCAUUAACAGAUGAGUAUUGCCCUAUCAGAACAGAAGUAUUGUUUCCCUGCAUGCUCUUCCAUUCCUUACUCUACAGGGAUGACUUAUUGGGAGCUUUGCCCCUGCUAUUUGGCCCUGAGCAUCACCCAGUCCCAGAGCUGUGAUGAAACACGCUUCUCAGCUCUUUACAGCACACCCAGGCUCGCUCACUUGAGCAGCCUCCCACCGGCAGUCUGAGCCUAAACCAACACGCAGUGCUUUCUUGCCGUGACACCUGGGGCUCGGCUUUGUCCCUCAGGCAAGGCAGGUACCAUCUGCUGCACUGUUAUUUCAGACUGUGUUUCCUGGAUGUGUACAGCACUUACAGAUCUUUACAAUAUGCAUGCUAAACUUUUUCUUCCAAGGUACCCAAAGGUGAGUUUCUGGAUUAUGGGUAACAAAAACUAUUUUUCCCUUUACAAUUGUAUACCAGAGCAAAAAGCAGUGGCAAAAGGAAGGCUAACACUAUUAGUGGCUGCAUUAGGCAAAGUGUGACCAGGAGGUCACAGUUCCCUGGUACAAAAGAGAUCUGGACACACCAGAGUCCAAUGCAGAGCCAAAGAGAUGGCGAAGGACCCAGCAUACCUCUGCUGUGAGAGGCUGAGAGCUGGGGCUGCUCAGCAUGGGGCAGGGAAGGCUCAGGAGGGUCUUCUUCUGUGGUGAGUAGCCUUAAAUGCCUGAAGAGAGGACAAAGUUGGGCUCUUUCUAGUGGUGCUGGUGCCAGGACAAGCGGUGCUGGACACAAAUGGGGGCCCAGGUUGCCCUGCCUGCCAGGAAGCACAGUUGUGCAGAUGCUGGACCAUUGGCACAGCCUUCUCGUAUGGGCUGUGGAGUUUCCUUCUUGGAGAUCUGCAGCCCCACCUGGCUGUGGGACCGAGCACCCUGCUCUGGGUGGCCCUGCUGGGGCAGGGUGGGACCAGAGGAAGCCUUGGGUGCCCCCAGCCUUGGUCUCUCUGUGAUUCAGGUUCUGUGAAAAAGCUUGAGAAUACCACGCAGAAAAAGUGCAAACUUAGGGCAGAAUGUAUAGCCCCAAUUAUAAGAGAUACAAAUCCACUUCAUAAUCUUUACAAGAUGUUAUUUAGUUUUUAAGCUUACGCCAGAUUUGAACACCUGGAGUUGGAAGAUCUGCUUGUCUUUGCUCAUCUGUUUCUCCUCUUAACCUGAGCUGUUUGCCUUCACAGCCCCUCAGCGCAGCACCUUCGCUACACCUCCUAUAGCAACACUCAUCUCUCAUUGUUCCUGGUGCUUCUUUAACCUACAGUAGACUCCCUCAGCGCUUACUCAAAUUGUUCUUUGAAAGCGUACUGCAUAAAUAUCUCCUACUGGAUUCUCACUGAACAACAUCCCUUGUCCUUCCCAAAGUGCUCGGCACAGCAGAUCAGACCCACGGCCCCGAGCACAGCAUCCUCACACCCCACAGCUGCUUAAGGGCAGGUACAAAGAGGAGCAGCAAAUUCGGGAUAACGACUCUCGGCAGAGACCGGUUUUGAAUUCGAAGUAUUAGACACGAUUCAAAGCCAUUUUCUUCCCACGUUCGCUGUUAGAGUACGACUGCAGUCGGUGCCACACCAGCUCCGAUGUCUCGCUGAGCCGCGGUAAGCGAUUGUCCCCGCAGCGCCCGCGGCAGCCGCCGGGCAGAGAUGGGUUCUGAGCGCUCCCUCGGGUGCUGCUGGCGCGGUGGAGCCGCACCGCACCGCACCCGGCAAGCAGGCGGCACCGCGUCAGCCCCAGCUCCGGCCCCAGCCCCGCUGCCAGAGCUGGAUCCAAAUGUGUCCUCCACCUGCUGUCUUAGAGCUACUCCUGCUUCAGGUCAAUUAGAAUGUCUGCUGCUCAUUCAUCAUGAUACAAUAUCUGGAUUCCUGCCCCGUCCUGCUGUGGAUAAGGUUGUUGCUCCCUCUUGGUCUGCACACAUGUGACUGUAGGUGUUCGCCGUCUGCCUAGUCUGGCACAGCGACCUGGGAUGCCAUCAGGAGCUCGAAUGCCCCAUCAGGGGGCUCCCAUGGGUCCCCCAGGCCCUCCAUAUGUUGGAAGCCCCUCGGUGAGACCUGGGAUGCCCCAGACUGUGAUGGAAACAACGAGAAAACGUACUGCACCACAGCAGGUCCAACAGCAGCAGGUGCAGCAGCAAGUGCAGCAGCAGCAGCAAGCUACUCAGAACCGAACCAGGAGUGCCAAGAGGAGGAAGAUGGCUGACAAAAUUCUCCCUCAGAGGAUCCGGGAGCUGGUUCCUGAGUCCCAGGCCUACAUGGAUCUGUUGGCUUUUGAACGCAAACUGGACCAGACCAUUAUGCGGAAGCGCGUGGAUAUUCAGGAAGCACUGAAGAGGCCGAUGAAGCAAAAGCGGAAGCUGAGACUUUAUAUCUCCAACACAUUUAAUCCUGCAAAGUCUGACGCUGAUGACUCCGACGGCAGCAUCGCAUCGUGGGAGCUUCGAGUGGAGGGGAAGCUCCUGGAUGAUCUCAGCAAACAGAAACGGAAGUUUUCAUCUUUUUUUAAGAGUUUAGUCAUUGAACUGGACAAAGAUCUCUAUGGACCUGACAACCAUCUUGUGGAGUGGCACAGAACUCCCACAACUCAGGAGACUGAUGGCUUCCAGGUGAAAAGACCUGGUGAUGUCAGUGUGCGGUGCACGCUACUCCUCAUGUUGGAUUACCAGCCUCCGCAGUUCAAACUGGACCCACGACUGGCCCGUUUGCUGGGGAUACACACGCAGACCCGAUCAGCUAUCAUCCAGGCUCUGUGGCAGUACAUCAAAACAAAUAAGCUGCAAGAUUCCCAUGAUAAGGAAUACAUUAACUGUGACAAGUACUUCCAGCAGAUUUUUGACUGUCCACGGCUAAAGUUUUCGGAAAUCCCUCAGAGACUGACUAACUUGCUGCUGCCACCAGAUCCUAUCGUGAUAAACCAUAUCAUCAGUGUUGACCCCAAUGAUCAGAAGAAGACGGCUUGUUAUGACAUAGAUGUAGAAGUUGAAGACCCAUUAAAGGGACAGAUGAGUAGUUUUCUUCUCUCAACAGCUAACCAACAGGAGAUUACAGCAUUGGACAACAAGAUUCAUGAGACAAUCGAAUCCAUAAAUCAGCUAAAAAUACAACGUGACUUCAUGCUGAGCUUCUCCAAAGAUCCCAAAGGAUACAUCCAAGACCUUCUCCGGUCCCAAAGUAGGGAUCUUAAGGUGAUGACUGAUGUAGUUGGAAAUCCAGAAGAAGAACGCAGAGCUGAAUUUUAUCAUGAGCCAUGGUCUCAAGAGGCUGUGAGCAGAUAUUUCUACUGCAAGAUUCAGCAGCGCCGACAGGAACUGGAACAGUCUCUGGGAGUGCGCAACACAUAAGCAUUGCUCAAAACAUCACAUUGGCAUCAUGACCACAGAACAAGUGGACUCCCCAGUGUUACUUAGCUCACUGUUACACAUGGACCUGCUUCCUGACUGGCUGGGAAUGUACCAUCAACAAACCAGCCAGAACACCAGCUUUAGAGUGACCCUUGAAAACAGCGCCCAUGGGAGGUGUCUCAAAUCAUUCCAGGCCAUAGAUAGCAGAAGAUUGCCAUGCUUUAUACAGGUGUCAGUGCUAAAGAAGAUUAAAGAUUAAUUCAUCAACUUGCAUCAUUGAGUUCUAGUGGAAAGUUCAGACACUACGCAGCAAAUCCUUAUGGGUUAUGCAUAGAAUCACGGAUGGUAUUGAUGGGAGAAAUUGAGUUGAGUGUUAUAAAAGACUACAGAUUUAGAGAAAUAAAGGUAAUUCUCAUCCUGUGUUACCUAAGAGUCUCAAAUAGUAACUUCUCUGGAAUGAGACCAGAUAGUCUGAUAGUUGUGGAAUGCUUUAUAUUCCUGAAUAGAACUUUCAUUACAGUGCAAGGAGCCAUCAUGCUAUGUAAAAUAAUAAACUAGGAGAGUUUUCAUUCCUGAGAUGAAAAGCUCUUCUGGACAUUUAUUUUGCAAACUGUAACACGCUUCGUUUCCCUGCCAGUGCAAUGAAAGGCAAACAGGUUUCUGUAUCACAUGAGUAUGAUCAGUGUGCCAUACUGAGAGGAAGAAAUUUUUUCCAGAAUGAAAGCCUCUUAAGCAUUCUCAAGUGUCAGUGGGUUAGUGAAGCAGAAGUUGAAGCAAGAAAUAAGGCAACCUAAGAAAAUGCAAAUAACUAAUGGUGCUUUGCUGAUACCUGCCUUGAACACAGCAGAUAUUAACAAUAAGCCUAUGGGCAAAACAGGAGAUGACUUCAGCAUUUCUUUCUUUGUGUGCCACUGGAGAUCGAGACUGUAAAGAAGUUCUCUAAUUGUUAAGUUGGUUCAGAAUCCAAAAAACUUCGUGUAAUGUGGCAGUUUUCUCUUUGCUUCACUUAACAGAAUCCCUGGAUUGGUCUUCAGUCAUAGGUAAUCUGCCUUUUCCUACGGAUCAUUCAGUUCUCCCAUUCACUCUGCGUUGGUUACAUAGGAUGCUGUUGAAUUAUGAAGCACUAUCAGCCUUAGAAACCCCAUGGAAACCACCUUCUUUGCAAAUACGUGACAAAUUCAGACAAUGGGAAUUACACCAGAUUGACUUGGGAGCAGAGACAUCUUCAUUAAAUCCUUCCCCCGUCCUGCUUUCUGUAGUGCAUAAAUUAGUUCGUCAUUAACGAACCAACAUGAUUUCUGGUCCAAAAAGCAGCUGCCAAAGUAUAACUGGGUCCUGAUGAUGUAGCACUCCAUAUCCUCUUCUAGGCUGCUCCUCUUCAUCUCCUUUCUUUCACUUUCUUGAAAUGAAAGUUCACGUGUGCAAGGAAUGGAGGCAGCUCUUUUAAGUAUUUAAUUUUGCUAUGCUAAAGUCCUCUUCUGCUGUCGUUGCCAAUUCUUUCAGAUUUGAAUGUAAACGUUUCUUCUGUCCAGUUACAGAAGACACAAGUCUUCCCUCCCAGUGCUUCGUUGAACACAUCUGCUUACAUGUUAUCAGUGCCAUAGCUUUCACUGCCCAUUGUGACCAGAGGUGUCUCAGAAAAUUCACGCUUGAUUGCAGUCAUUUGUUGGCAGUAACACUGUGGAAAAACGUUGGUGUGAGAAAAAGCACAGCUGCACCUCUUUGCCCAAGGCCUUUUCCUGGGAAUGGCUUGGUUUGGAUUUAUUUUAUUUUAUUUUAUUUUAUUUUAUUUUAUUUUAUUUUAUUUUAUUUUAUUUUAGUUAAAAACCCUUUUUACACUAAAACCUGAAAUCCAGCAGUCUCAAACUGAGUCUUGGUAGGGGCUGAGAGGUUGUCAGACAGUUAAUGACUUUAAAUCUUAUUUGCUGUAGGACUCUGCUAAUUGCACUACAAGCGAAAAUUAUGAAGGAAAACAGCGAGGAUCAUCUGUUACUGUGCUUCCAUAUCUGUUACGCUGCUGUGUCAGUUGUGUGCAUGCUGUCCAGUGUAAAAUUAUUUUCUGUAUGUGGAAAACAGAGCAGCUACAUUCAGGGGAUGCAUUUGAUCUCCAGGAAUAAUAAAUUCAGAAAAAGAUAAGGAGGGAUGUGAGAAGGGCACGAAGCUGGGAUAGGUGCCAUCUGCCAGGGGCUUUUGGUUUUGAGAACAUUGUCAUUUGAGUGGCAAAUACGUCUUGAGAGAAAUUCCAGUUACGUGCCUCAGCUGGCAAAAUAACUGAGUCCAAUCUACUCCUAGAAUCUCUCCUUAGAAUUAAUGAAUUGGAUGGGUUUUUCGGAGCAAAUUAAUGUAAGUAAUGUGUUGCUGCUGCCCAGCAGAGCCAGAACAGCACCGCGGGAAGCUGCAGCUGGGUUACAGAGCAGCGCUGCACUGAAAUGUGUGCAGAGCGUGGCGUGUGCUGCUCCUGCGUGGGUCAGUGCAGCAAGAAAAGCCGCCUGCUUACGUUCUGCUGUCCGUGCUCCUACUGCACAUGAAAAGACUGCUCACCAAUGGUGAGUCCGAGGAAUAGUUGCCAGAUGUCGUCCUUCUGGUUAAAACACGUCUGAAAUGUUGAUACUUUUAUCCUGGGCGUAGAAGCAGUUUGGGCCUUUGUCAUCAUCCCGGGGUGUCGCCAGGGCUGGGUUUUUGGAAAAAGUGACGCUGUAUUUGAGGAGAAGCAAUGGAACAACUCCGGUAGGAACUGGAGCAAGUGCAGCUUAGGCGUGUAAAAAUGAAAGUUAAUGGUAAUGAGCAGGCAUGUAAUUGCAGCAGAUUUUGAAUAAUAAAUUCAUCUUAGUCUCGAGACGAUGGUAUUUUUUGGCUGAAAAAAAAAAGGCGAGACAAUUUUUGGGUUUCUUUGGUUUCUAUCACAGUACAAUGCAAGUAAGUGCAUACCGCAAAAGUGAAUAGAGCAAAUAAAUCUGCACAGUAGUAGUUAGUUUAUAGGUGAUAAUAUAGAUUGUUAGAAAACAUAGCACAAAAUUAGGACAGAGUUAAAACAAUUUCUGGAAUGCAAUAAAAGGGAAAUGUAUCUUGAAGCUGAAAUGCUGGCAUAACAGCUAAAGGAAAAGCAAAUGUUUGAUUGUGGAAGAAAAAUACCAGGAUAGAGAGGAGAAUAGCACAACUGUAAAAGAAAGGAACAAAUGGGGGCAGAGUGCCACUGAAGUGCCGUUAAGACAGAGCACAGGAUAAUGUGCAGAGCAUUGCUGAAAGUAGCACAGCUGAUGUGGUUUUGUGUAUUUUGUGUGCAUGUGGUACGUGGGCAUCCAUGUCGGGGUCAGGUGUGAGAGCCAUCCUCAGCUGGAACGUGGCUUGGAAGCGGGCAGCAGGGCGCAGUUCUGUGUGUCACCUCGGAGACUCGUUGCCAAAACUUUUCGCCCUGUUCCCAGUGGGGAUUUAGCUGUUCCACUUACCAGCACUAGCUGUUCUAGUGCGUGCGUGGCUUCAGCUGACAGCCUUUUAUAUCACACUGUAUAGAAUUUGUUCUGCUGAAGCUGGUGAAAGCAUUGGUAUUAUGUGCUACAAGCCCACAUUUUUCUAAAGCAGUAGUGAGGUGUUGAGUUGUUUUCCUGUUUGUGUUGAGAACCCUUUUUAUGGCAGCUCGAAGAGAUGAAGGGGAAAUGAAGACACUUUUUUUUUCCUGAAGAAAGAGAUGUCCUUUCUGUAACUGCUCUGUUGUUUAAUAGGAUGUACCUGUUCUACCAGAUCCUGUAUCAUCAACUCUUUUCCCAAUCUCACUGAAGAAAAGUACUCCAUUUAAAAAACACAGCUGUGAAUUUGUGAGCGAGCAAACAUAUUCAUGAGGGGAGAUGGAAGAGAGACUCCAUCUAUUCUGUAGCCAUCGUGUCUUCACUGUAUGAUGAUGAGUGAGUGGUAGAAAAGCUUUUAACAAUAAAUGCUUUGUUUCUUUGUAACUCUUGCGCUUACCUUCUGCCUUUUAACAAAGAAAACUUUUUUUGCAAACUUCUUUUGGGUGUAAGUAAUGUUAUAGGAGCUUUUUCAUACGCUUCCUCUACAGAAAAUUUUAUGUAAGGAGUAGGAAGAGAUCGCUUUCUGUGAGACCGCUGAGACCUGGAGACUGCUGAGUAAAGAGGGGCCAUUUACCCCCGUCCGUGGUGAAGAAAUGAAACUUGGAGAAACUUUUUCUCUCAGAGGGUGGUCAAGCAUGGAAUGGCUGCACAGGGAGGUGGUGGAGUCGCCGUCCCUGGUGGUGUUCAAAAGGCGCCUGGAUGAGGAGCUAUGAGAGAUGGUUUAGUGCUUGUAGUACUGAUAGGAAUGGGAGGGGGGUCGGACCAGAUGAUCUUGCAGGUCGUUUCCAACCUUGUGAUUCUGUGAUUCUAUGAUUCUAAACAUGCAUGAGGUGAUGAUCUCAGGCUCUGCUAAAAGGGCUAGCUUGAUAUAAUUGGUUUCUUUUGCUCCUGAUAAAAGACUCCAACAUUCUCAAGUUUUCAGGUUUCUGCUUACUUGUAGGUAAACACACACACAUAAAGGGGGUGUGCAAGUACAGGCUUUUAAUGGCCUGACAACAGUGAGAACUGUUACUCCUCAGGUCUUUCUUAUGUAUAUGUAGGAGUUUCAUGAUCUGCUGCCAUUUACAAAAAUGCCAAAGUGUCCAUGAGAAAUCCUUAAUAGUGGAGAAAUCUGGCUUCUGUGCUUGGUCCUUCGAUGUAUACUUUGCUCUUGUUAUUACUUACAAUCAGUGAACA